AUGACUCGCAUUUUCAUAACAGGUGUUUCUGGCUACAUUGGCGGCGAUGUUCUCAACGGUAUCAUUAAAGCGCGACUUGCUUCAAGAGUUGUGGCUUUAGUGCGAAAUGAGUCUCGUGCAGCACGAAUUACUGAAAAAUACCCAUCUAUCACCCCGUUGAUUGGUGACUUGGAUUCUAUUACUGCAAUUCAAAAUGAGGUCUCCCGGGCCGAUGUUGUCCUCCAUCUGGCUAGCUCCAACCAUAUUCCUAGUGCGAGAGCUAUUGUAGACGGUCUUUCGAAAACGCAGCGACAAAACCCAGUUUGGAUUCAGAUUUCCGGGGCUAGUCUUCUUUCUGGGCCCGAGAUCGUGGAUAACAGCUUUGGCGAAGCCCGCUCUAAGGUUUAUAACGACCUAGCAGGAAUUUCUGAAGUCCGAGAUAUCAUCAACUCUUCCCCCAAAAGGGUUGUAGACCAGCUUGUUACCAGCCUGUCUACCAGUCAACCUUCCGUCCGGACAGCGAUUGUAUAUGGGCCUAUGAUUUACGGCUUGGGAAGGGGCCCUGUCAACCAACGAAGCAUCCAAAUCCCGGACUUAGCAAAGGCAACUUUGAAGCAUGGGCAAGGCCUCCACGUCGGGAGGGGCCUGAGCACUUGGAGCCAUGUUCAUAUCUCAGACAUCACGCGUCUGAUCGUGUCGCUGGUCUCAAAGGCUUCCUGUGUGACCGAUCAACCACUGUGGAAUGAGAACGGAAUCUAUUUCCCCGAGGCGGGAGGAAUGGUAGGCCACUAA